UGGUGGUAGUGUGCAGACACAUGUACGCGCUUACAAAUAUGAGGUAUAGCGCAGGACAUGUGUGUUCCCGUGGGUUCGCUUUGCUGCUAGUUUUAUUAUCGACCUGCAGCGGCUUAUACGAAGACCAGAUAGGAAAAUUUGAUUGGCGACAACAAUACGUGGGAAAGAUAGUAGAUGGUGCCUUUGAUACAUCCUCCGUCGAUCGUAUAAUCGUCGCUACCGAGAGCAACGUGCUGGCGGCAAUUAGCGCCAAAACGGGUGAUAUUCUUUGGCGUCAGGUGCUUGAAAAUGGCCCGCGUGGUACCGUCAAGUUAUUGCACGUCGCAACCCCUUCGUCUACUGGGGCCCGACUGAAUAGGGGUGGAAACAGUGGGCACGAUGUGAUCACCGUUACCGGCAGCAAUCCGGCGCUGGUUCGCGGCUGGAACUCGAAUCUCGGUACGCUCGAAUGGGAAUGGUCACUGAUACCGACGGUGGUGGAGGAAUCGGCAUCGGGAGCAGUUUGGUUCGAACACGAUGGAAUGCUGUAUCAUGUGGUACCUGUGUGGGGAUCCCACCUGGAGGUGACACCGUACCACGCCGUAUCGGGUCAACAGGCGCGUCCAACAACGAGCCGGAUUGCUGCAGGUUGGAUUGCAAAGGAUCGUUGCGUUUUGGCCGGAACUUUCUUUGCCUGUGGCAUAAAAGAACAGCUGCUUGCGCUGGAUCUGGCGGCCGAUGCUAGCAGCACGGUCGUUUCGAAACCGCUCGGCUCAGAAGCGGUAGGCAGUCCCCGAGCGGUACGUGGCGGUGAACCGGCCGUCAUCCAAAACGGGCGCUACUAUUCAUUGCGCUCCGACCAAAAACUGGCAUUCGGGGCUCGAGAUGCUGCGCUGGUUGAUCGUAUGGUGCAGGAAGGCGAACCGAUCCUGCUGCAGGGUGUGGUCGAUCGGGUGAACAACAAGCUAACGCUCAACGCGCACCGGUUGCGUGAUUUUGUGCGUUUUGAUCCGAUCGAAUUCAGUACGGACUUUGGUGAUGCGUUAGGCGAUCCGGAACUGGUUGCGAUUCGCUGCAAACAAUCGUCUGGCGGUGGCUCAUCGGGUCGGGUUGCAGCUGGACUGGUGUGCCGUGUGCUACUGUCCACCGAAGAUGGUGCGAUCGUGCUGGUACAGCAAGGUAAAAUUAAAUGGGUACGUGAGGAAGCACUGGCUGAGGUGGAAACGGCCGAGUUCCUAGAUCUGACGCUAUCGGAUGCGGAAGGAGCAAUUGAGGAGGAGCUUAACAACAAAAAUGGGGAUGUAUUCGGAGCGUUCCAGCGGCGCAUUACAGCACAGGUAUUACACGUGAAAAACCUCAUCCUACAUAUUCUCGGUGUCGGACCGGCACCAUCGAAAGCCCAACGAGCCGGUCUUGUGCGGGAUGAUUUUGGAUUGCACAAAAUGCUGGUCGUGGUCACAUCCAGUGGCAAAAUAUUCGGCAUCGAUAAUGUAUCGGGCAAGCAUCACUGGGUGCGCUAUUUGCCUUCCUUCACCGGGUUUGGCAAUGGGCAGCCGAUGAAACUGUUGGUACAGCGCACAUCCCGUUUUUAUCCACUGCCGGCCCAAUGUGUCAUUCUUGGCCGUGAAAAGAGCGACUCGAAAAAGGGUCUUCUCUACGUAUUCAACCCCAUCACGGGACAACCGGUUGCGGGCGGUGGUGUAAUCGAGCUUCCGUACCGUGUCCAGCAGGUUUCGCUAUUACAUCAAACCGGUCCCGAUUUUCUAAAAGGUUUGCUGCUGCUCGACUACGACAAUAAUGCACACGUCGUGCCAGAAUCACUGGCAGUAUAUGCGGAUAACUUCUAUCUCUUCACCACCGAUCAACGGUUGGCGCAGAUGCGUGGCUUCCUUGUGCAGUACCGUGCCGGUAAGCUUGAAACCAUUCCAACGUGGCAAAUCGAUUUGAGCGGUGCUAGCAAAAGCCAACAAAUUAUUGCCUGCGAAGGUAAAAGUCCAAUUGAGCAUGUGCACUCGCAGGGUCGCGUUAUGGCAGAUCGUUCGGUGCUGUACAAAUACAUUAAUCCGAAUCUGGUGGCCGUCGCUACCAAUGGUCCGGAUAACAUACACAAAUACAUAUUGAACGUGCAUUUGGUGGACGUUGUUUCUGGCUCGAUUGUAUUUUCAAUGUCGCACAAGCGCAUCCGUCCGCCGCUACAUAUGGUGCACUCGGAGAACUGGCUAGUUUAUUCGUACUACAAUGACAAGGCACGCCGAACCGAGAUAACAUCGAUCGAGCUGUAUGAGGGUAAAACACAAACGAACAGCACCGUCUGGAGCUCUCUCGACGCACCGCCACUUCCGAUGGUGGAACGCCAAUCGUACAUACUGCCGAUGGCAGUGGCCGCACUAAAGGAAACCAUAACCGAGAAAGGUAUUACCAGCAAGCACAUUCUAAUCGGGCUCACCACCGGUGCCGUCGCCGAAAUGUCCUGGGCAUUGCUCGAUCCGCGCCGACCCGUCACAUCCCCCGAGAAGGCACGCGGGGAAGGCAUUGUACCGUACAUGCCAGAACUACCGCUUCCGCACGAAAUUCUCAUCAACUACAACCAGACCGUGGCACACAUUCGAGGCAUGCAUACGGCACCAUCGGGAUUGGAGAGCACCUGUCUGGUGUUGGUGCACGGGCUCGAUCUGUUCGUGACACGCGUAUCUCCUUCGAAAACAUUCGAUUUGCUGAAGGAAGACUUCGAUUACUUCCUCAUUACGGUUGUGCUCGUGGUGCUAACCACUACAUCCUUCGUGGUGAAACAACUGGCAUCGAAAAAGCUCAUCAAGCAGGCGUGGAAGUGA